AUUUAAAUAUAUUCUUAUUGGUCUCCGGAGCAGGGCGCUGAUAUCGUAUCGCGCAUAGGUUAUUUCUUCUAUUACAUAAUUAAAUUUUUGAAGAACCUUUUCUCAGCCCUCUCAUAUCAUUUAGAAAAAUGUUAGGGGCUGUAGGAAGAGUUGGAAGCAGCCUUUUGGCUGCUAAGUCCGUAGCUGAAUGUGGAAAAAUUGUGUCAGUCUCAACGGGUAACCGGAAUUAUGCUGCAAAAGCUGCAGAAAAGGGGCAAGGUAAGAUAGUUGCAGUCAUCGGUGCCGUCGUAGACGUACAGUUUGAAGACAAUCUUCCAUCCAUCCUCAAUGCCCUGGAAGUACAGAACCGUUCGCCAAGGCUCGUCCUUGAAGUGGCGCAACACUUGGGAGAGAACGUUGUGCGUACCAUCGCUAUGGACGGUACCGAAGGUUUGGUUCGCGGUCAGCCAGUUCUCGACUCUGGAUCUCCUAUUCGUAUCCCAGUGGGAGUAGAAACUCUAGGUCGGAUUAUGAACGUCAUUGGUGAGCCCAUCGACGAACGCGGUCCAAUCCCAACCGACAAAACCGCCGCGAUCCACGCUGAAGCUCCAGAGUUUGUAGAUAUGUCUGUACAACAGGAGAUUCUUGUCACAGGAAUCAAAGUUGUAGACUUGUUGGCCCCAUAUGCCAAGGGAGGAAAGAUUGGUUUGUUUGGAGGUGCCGGUGUAGGCAAGACCGUACUUAUUAUGGAGCUGAUCAACAAUGUAGCUAAGGCUCAUGGUGGUUACUCUGUAUUUGCUGGAGUUGGAGAGCGUACUCGUGAAGGUAAUGACUUGUACCAUGAAAUGAUUGAGUCUGGAGUAAUUUCACUUAAAGACAAGACCUCCAAAGUAGCUCUUGUGUAUGGUCAGAUGAACGAGCCCCCUGGUGCUCGUGCCCGUGUAGCCUUGACUGGUCUGACUGUGGCUGAAUACUUCAGGGACCAAGAGGGUCAGGAUGUACUGCUUUUUAUUGACAACAUUUUCCGUUUCACACAGGCUGGUUCUGAAGUAUCUGCCCUUUUGGGUCGUAUUCCAUCAGCUGUAGGUUACCAGCCCACUCUAGCUACUGACAUGGGUACUAUGCAGGAACGUAUUACUACUACAAAGAAGGGUUCUAUUACAUCUGUGCAAGCCAUUUAUGUGCCAGCUGAUGACUUGACUGAUCCUGCUCCGGCCACAACCUUUGCUCACUUGGAUGCUACUACUGUGCUGUCCCGUGCUAUUGCUGAGCUUGGUAUUUACCCUGCAGUGGACCCUCUUGACUCCACUUCACGUAUCAUGGAUCCCAAUAUUAUUGGUGAAGAGCACUAUAACGUCGCUCGUGGCGUUCAGAAAAUUCUACAAGACUACAAGUCUCUCCAGGAUAUUAUUGCUAUCUUGGGUAUGGAUGAAUUGUCUGAAGAAGACAAGCUGACCGUGUCACGUGCGCGUAAAAUCCAAAGGUUCCUCUCUCAACCUUUCCAAGUAGCUGAAGUUUUCACUGGUCACCCAGGUAAACUGGUGCCACUGGAAGAAACCAUUAAAGGAUUCUCGAAGAUCCUGCAAGGAGACUAUGACCACCUUCCUGAAGUUGCCUUCUAUAUGGUUGGUCCUAUUGAAGAAGUUGUGGCCAAGGCAGAAACACUAGCAAAGAAUGCAUAAUAAACAUUAUGGUAUAAAUGGAAGAGACUGUAAACUUAUGUCAAAUAAACAAUAGUUAUAA